AUGCGCGCUACUGCAGUUUUUGUCCUGUUGGCGGUGAUGGCUGUGACCCUGCAUGCAACAGUGGCCGGGAGAAAUAUGAAAUACUUCGAAUGUGAGGCGGUGUCCGAGUUGGCGGCGCAGAUCCUACGAGUGGUUCAGAGACCUUCGGGCUUCGUCGCGGGGCCUCACAAGCGCAACUCGGAGCUGAUCAACUCCCUCCUGGGGAUCCCUAAGGUCAUGAACGACGCCGGAAGGAGAUGAACAUUACGAACACCGUCGAAAUGUCCUGCCCAUCUUCCAUAGUACGACUACUAUGCUGCAGCAUUGAUCUACUUUAUUACACUUAAGAAUAUUGAUAAAUGUAGAAAAGAGAGUGAGAGAGAGAGAGAGAGAGAGAGACAGACAGACAGACAGACA